AAGUGAGUUUAAAAGUGUGGAACAGUUGACCGACACCAGACAGAAGAGGAACGACUUGACACAUCUGAGAUUAUAUUCGAUCGACAGGACGUCCUGAGCCAUGAAAUCUGCUGCUGCUGUUCUGAUCCUGGUCCUGCUCUACAUCCAGGGCUCUGCAGCUAAUAACGCAAAGGCAAUUGAACGAUUGUGUUCAAAAAAUCGUCCACUCCGACCAUGUUCCGAGGAUGGUUGGUCUCGAAUGAACAAAGGCAGAUGCAUCAAGCUGUUUGACUAUGGGGCAACCUUUGAUAAGGCAGAGGAACGUUGUAAGUCUGAAAGUGGUCACCUGGUGUCGAUGCACACCUUAAAAGGCUACAACAAGGUGUUGUGUCUGCUCUGGAGAACCAGCAAGCAAGUGAUGAAACAGGUGUGGAUCGGACUCAAGAAGGAAAAGGCCAGUGCCACAUAUGGCUUCACCAAUGGAAAGAAGCUGACCUUCAGCAGAUGGUUGAACAAGAACCGAAAAACUGAGAAAGAUGACAAGGCCUGCGUCCGGAUGAACUAUAAUGUCUGGGGCCGUUGGAGUGAACUGGAGUGCUCGGAGGAGAUACCCUUUGUGUGUGCCAAGAAGAUAUGACGUCAUCCUCUGAUGUUCAUGCUUUCAUUCAGCUUCAACAUGAAGACCUGAUCAACUGUUGCAGUUGGAUCACUGUAUGUCUUCUAAACCUCUGCUUCUAAAUUUACUGCAAUAAAAAAGUUCUGCUUCAGCAAAA